UUCCCCUCCGGUGCGCGCGCGCUCGUUUGCCAGCCGCGGCGCAGCAGCCUCGCUCGCUGGGGAGUUGCUAUGCAGAAGGUGCGCGGACCAGAAGCGGAGGGUGGACUCAAAAUGGAAACGCAAAACCCCUUGAGAUCCAGACUGGAAAGAAAUCAAGAAGGCAGAGGACACAAUCCGGGGGUUGUCCAAGCAAAGGCUGUUCGAGAACGUUUGACAUGGGUUGCUCCUGAACAAAUCAAACAAGAAGUAGAUGAAGGGUUAGAACAGUGCUGGGGAACUCAGUGGCAGAAGGUCUUGAAGGUGGUCAAGUCUCCCCAAGAAGAAUGGUGGCCCCUGCAGUUGUCCAACCCUGCUUCAAGAGGAAAUUCAGAGACUGCCCAGGUUUCCUUAAAGGGGUCCAGUGGAGAGGGGCUGCCUCAGGCCCUGCCUGACCUCCUUGGAGACAGCCAUCAGGCCUGCAGAUAUCUGGGUUCAUCUCAGCCUGUGAAGGUGGAAGUUCUGGAUGAAGAAGACACAGCCAGCUUUGAGAAGUGGCGCCAACAUUUCAGGCAGCUAUCCUAUCAGGCAGCCAAGGGGCCUCGAGAGAUUUGCCAGCGGCUCCAAGAACUUUGCUGCCAGUGGCUGAGGCCAGAGAAGCACACCAAGGAGUGGAUUGUGGAGCUGCUGAUCCUGGAGCAGUUCUUGACUAUCCUGCCCCGGGACAUGCAAAAUUGGGUCCGGGAGUGGGGUCCGGAAACCUGUGCAGAAGCUGUGGUUCUGGCUGAGGAUUUCCUCUUGUUACUGCAAGAGCCUGAGAAACAGAAGGUAAGUAUAUAGUUGUUCACAAGAAAUCCAGGAGUCCCAGAAAGAGGUUGACUCAGUCAUGAAGAAGUAUUUUUUGCAUUUGUAGGACACCCUGGGGGUGGGGAGAAAGCCACUGUCAGCAUGGCAGUGUGAUGUAAUGGUGGUGGUUUUGGACUAUGAGAGCAGAGACCCAGGGUUUACUCCACCCAUAGCAACAGAAACUCCCUGGGGGCAUUCUGGGGCAUUUCUUCUCUCUCAACCCAAGAACCAGCAUGAUCUAGUGGUGAAGAUGCUGGACUAGGAGUGGGGAGACCUAGGUUCUAGUCCCUUCUUAGCCACAGAAAGUC